UAAAAAUCCCCCUGAAAUGUUACUAAGCGAGCAUAGGCUUCUCAUCCUAACAAGGCCAAAUACCCCACUGCUUCGCCAGUACGGCUCCAACAAGACAUUGUCGAAGCUGAAACCAAGCUGAAACGACUUAAAUUUAUUAACAGGAACACCAUGACCUUCGUUUAAUUUUACUGCCUACUUGCCAUGUCGCCCAUCAUGGCAUAUAUCUGUCGUGCCUCUUACCUGGGUAAUCAUCCGCUACACCAUCGUUGUUUCUGGUAUCUGUCACUAUCUCUACCCGCUUGAUCUUAUCAGCCAUUUGUUCCUCAGCUCUCCCUGUUAUUCAGCCAAAAAAUUACAGCAUGGCGCUUCAAUCUCGUCCAGUGCCUAUGAACGCUUCGUCGCAUCACUCUAAGGUCAAGGUGUCCCUGACGCUAUCUGACCCCAUAUUUGUUGCUGGAAAUAAUAUUUCUGGAAAGAUGGAAGUUGAAUGUCUCGGAGAUGGUGAAUUCGGUCUUGGAAUUGGUCUCAUGAUGGUUGAAUUAUUCGCCGUUCAAGAAAUUACGUCUCGUGACUGCUCAGGCACUUCCACCUUUAUCCAUUCCCGCAGGCUGUUCCAAGGACCAGGACUCCCGCCCUCGAAUGCGAUCCAAACUGACUUCAAUCUUCCACCUGGAGAAUCGACCCUUCCGGCCCAUUACUACCCUGCACGUCGUGGUCUCACUACAUUUUUCUUUCGCUUUCCUCUCCCGCCUUUGUCCCCCGCCUCAAUAUCAUUUGGUCCUGCUCAAAUACGUUACGAAAUACGAGCAAGCGUUGACGUUGCUUGGAGAGGAGAGAAACGCCUUGUGACUGAUCACCAAUACGUCAAUGUAGUCGAACAUUUCGAUAUACAAGCACCGUCGAAACGCCCUCAAGGUUUUGCUAUCGCCGAGGGUGGAAACAUUUGGGCCCAAGCUUUCGUCACGAAUGGUCCCAUUAUCGCUGGAGGGGUCGCUUGUGUCGACUUACAGCUGAAGAAUCAUUCGGUCAACUGGACGUGCGGAGUCACACUCACACUUUCUCGUGAACUUCGACUGCUGUCACCUUCUGUGGAUAAGGACAUGUUUAAGAUAACCGACACAGUCACCGAGGUCGAGUUCAGGGGUCACGAAUAUAUGGUCCCUCCUGGCGUUGAGGGCGUUGCUAACUUGGUGAUUAAUAUUCCCCUGUCUUCCCGUGGAUCUCAUGGCGGUGCUCGCGUCAGUGAGGUUGGAACCACAACCGAUUGUUUGUUUGAAGUUUGCUGUAACCUGAGACUCCGGAUCGAUAUGCCUAUUGGGAGCGAGCCUGUCAUAAUUAUAAUUCCGCUGUUCAUUCACCAUCCUUUGGCCGUACCUCAAGCACACACGCCACCCUACGCCAUCCCUGCAACUUCACCACAGCCGUAUGCAUCACCCCCUACACACCCUUAUCUGCUCCCACCGUCUCCUGACGUGGAUCCUCAUUUUUCAUCACAGCAAUACGACCUACUACAUGCGUACUGGCCACCACCAUCUCAAAGUGCAGAUUAUAAGCCUUUAACUCCUGCAUUUUCGGAGCAGUACUCUCCUCGGGAUUUAUCUUCAUCUAAUCCACACUUCCAGCACUAUACACCACUACUGCCUCGACCAGCAUCAAUCGAACCUCACUCCCAGAUGCCGUAUUAUGAUACAGGCUUACCAUCAGGACUUCCUAUCUCAGCAGCUCUGCUUCCCCGUCCACCUAUCUCAUCUUGCCCUCCACAGGCUGCUGAAAGCAGCCCUCAGCACCUCACAGAUUUGGAAGAGGGCAAAGGCGCUCGUGCAUCCCGCAUCUCCCGAACUCUGCGUCUAUCUUCUCGACACCGCUCAGUCUCGCCGCUAUCGCACAGGUUUUCCUUGCCUCAGCCCUCUGCUCAGUAUGUGUCCCCUAGUCGUCCGCACCCCAGUGCAAUCCAGAUUCCCACCCUUCCUAAUCCUCACGAUUCUCAAGGUGUAUUACACUCACCACGCCCCAUCCCAUCACCAAAACAGUCCUACUCAGGCCCUUCUCCACGCAGCGAGAAUGUGUGUGCCCUGGAACGCAUGGCAGACGAAGUCGGCAAGCAUAGUGGCGAUCUAAGUGCAGAUCUUCCAAAGUCUACUGAUUACUCUGCGCCCAAGCCUGAGUUGGAGCCCAAUUGGUCCCCUCCACCGACGGCACCACUUGCAGCUAUCACUCCUGUCAAGUUCCCUCGCGCACCGACUGAGUUAUCUGGCCUGAGCAUUAAGUACGUCAAGGGCGCUCUGCAGGAGAGCGGUCUGGACGCCCUCGAGCGGCGCCUGCUCGCAGAGGUAGGGACACGCUGCCAGGAUGCAAGUGAGCUGCGUCCGGAUGUGUGCAGCGUGGUGCAGCCAAUUAAGAUUCCGGCCAGUGAGGCUCCCGCAGGUGUGAAUAGCAGCACCAUAUCGAGCCUGACGCUUGCAGAUCAUGACGCUUUCCCACGAAGUGGCGAGGACGAGCGGGAACGGGACCAGGACCAGGACCAUGAUUCAGACGAGAGGACACAGCACCGAGGUGGCCGUCACAGUCAGAGUGACGAUGAAUGCGAGGUGCGCACUCAGAGGGGAUGGAGGAGAAUAAAGGGUAGGCAUAACGAGGAAGAUGACGAAAGGCAGGUCGCGCAGAAGCGGGAAUGGAAGCAGAGGAGAGGCAAGGAGGGUGAUGUGCGGAAACUGCGUAGUGAAGUUAAAGGGCGGAUUGCGGCAUGGUUAGGGGAAAUCGACACAAGCCCACCGCUUGUGGAUGAUUCAUUAUCUACGAUGUCGCCCACUACGUCCCGCUUCGUUCCCACCACUGAUAACAAGCCUUUCGUGCCACCGCCAUCGUCGGGCGAUCAAAAAAUUGGAGGAAUAUCAUUCGGCGACAACGUUUCUGCAGCUCCCAAUCCGUGCUCAUCUGGCUUUGUGACUAUUUCUACGCUCAAGGAUGCUAGCACUCGAUAUUGUGCUGCGCCUGCACCAGAAUAUAUGCAUGGUAGCUUCGAUGCAGAAAAGAAAUAUUUUGCCACGGAGUCGUUGGCACCAGGUCCAAUAUUGAGAAGGAUGUCCACGGGCCAGUCAACACCUAUGGGUUCUCUUCUGAGUGUACCGCUUGCAGGACCGAAAUCCCCCGAUAUUGCAAGGGCUGAUCCCAUAUCCACAGUCACUCGCCAUUUCUUGUCGCCUCAUCACUUGCGCCAUUCACCUCAACCGCCUGGCCCAGAGGUGAAGUAUGACGUCCACUCUGCACGCGGAGGGAAAGGUGGCAGGGUCACUGAAGUCGCUUCGCUGUGGGCAGCAAAAGCAGAUACGACUCCAAAUAGGGCUUCUCAGCUCGUGAAGAAACCUGUUAACCAUGGGCGAAAAUUGCCCGUCAAGUCCCAUGGUCCGGCCGAUACGAGUAGGGAGGGACGCGGGAAGGCCACCAAAGCAACAACAGUCCCUGCUGUUAUUUCAUCGUCUCAUGCUGUGCCCAUGCUUUCAUCUACCGCUUCUCUUGCUCGUGCAUCACCCAACACCCAGACUCUAGCGACACGCCCUCUACCUCCAAUGAUUUCGGAGACAAUAUCAAAUCUUACAAGUGUUGUUAAGACUCCCAUUCCCGGAGUUACUCGCACCCAUGGUGACCUUGGAUUUGGCCAGGCGCGUCUCAGGGACUUAAUCAAGAAAUAUCAAGGAUAA